AUGUGGCGAGCCAUGGUGGUUCGGGGACUGCGUAGUUGCCAUGAAAUCUUGGGACUGACUCCCCAGGCCUCGAAAGAGGAGUUGAAGCUGAGAUACCACGAGCUGGCCCGUAGUCUUCACCCGGAUGUGUGUCCGACUGGCACCACGAAGUCACCGGAAAGCUUUGCUGAGCUGGCGGAGGCCUACGCCACCUGCCUCCGACUCACUCGCUCCUCACCCACCUCGGCUGCUUCGCCCAGCUCCUCGCCUUCUACGGCCUCCGCGGUGCUCUGGCCACCGCGCUGGGCGAAGCCUCGUCACAACUACCGGAGUUGGCGCGUCUUCGGCUUGGGCCAAGGCUUGGGCCCGGGCCCAAGCUACCAGGGCUCCGGGACUAGUUCUACGGCGAGCAAGAGCUAUCAGGGCCAGCCGUGGAAGUGGAGGAUCAAAGGUCCCCUGACCAUCUCCGCUCAAAGGAAAGCUAAAGGCUUCCUGAGAAGAUGA